UUAAAACAGAGUAUAUAAAAUCGUUUUAAUAAUAAUUCCGUAAUUCAAGCCAACAAAAUCAAAGCACUCUCUCAAAAAAAAAAAAAAAAAAAAUGCGUGUUUUCUCGCUUUCUACUUCCAUACAACUCGGCUGCACAUCUCCAUCUUCCUUCUUCUCGCUUCCACCAUUGCCCCACAUCAUCAAUUCCAACAAUCACACCACAUUACCUUUCAUCUUCAAGUCCAAGAAGAAGAAGAAGAACAGGACAAAGCCCAUCCUCGUAUUGGCCUAUUCAAAGUCCAAAGAUGUCUGGAGAAGAACAUCAUCAUCACCAUCACCCCACGAAACGACGCCGUCCGGCCAACUUCUCCACCGUCGUCACCCACGAGAACCGGCCUACUUGGAUCACAGCGUGGACAUGGACGAGCUUCUGAGGUCGAUAUGGCAGACCCAGAACGAGCAAGAGCUCUUUUCCGUACUCUCGCCGUACAAAGGCCGACAGCUCUCUAUAAAGUUCAUGGUUUUGGUGCUAUCUCGCGAGACCGACUGGCAACGCUCGCUCGCCAUUCUCGACUGGAUUAAUGAACAGGCUCUCUACACUCCCUCGGUCUUCGCUUACAACGUCGCUUUGCGAAACGUGCUUCGCGCGAAGCAGUGGCAAGUUGCGCACGGCCUGUUUGAUGAAAUGCGCCAGAGAGCUUUGGCUCCUGAUAGGUAUACUUAUUCCACGCUCAUCACUUAUUUUGGGAAAGAGGGCAUGUUCGAUGCCGCGCUUUCUUGGUUACAGAAAAUGGAGCAGGACCGGGUGUCCGGUGAUCUUGUUUUGUAUAGUAAUUUGAUUGAGCUUUCUCGAAAGUUGUGUGAUUACUCCAAGGCAAUCUCCAUCUUUUCGAGAUUGAAGUGGUCGGGUAUUACACCGGACCUUGUCGCUUACAAUUCGAUGAUUAAUGUGUUUGGGAAAGCUAAGCUUUUUCGAGAGGCUCGUCUUCUGAUAACGGAGAUGAGGGCUGCAGGCGUCUUGCCGGAUACGGUUAGCUAUUCGACUCUAUUGACUAUGUAUGUUGAGAAUCAAAAGUUUAUCGAGGCGUUAUCCGUGUUUUCCGAGAUGAAUGAGGUCAGAUGCCGUCUUGAUCUCACGACUUGCAACAUUAUGAUUGAUGUUUAUGGGCAGCUUGAUAUGGCUAAGGAAGCUGAUCGGUUGUUUUGGAGCAUGAGGAAGAUGGGAAUUGAACCUAAUGUUGUGAGUUAUAAUACCCUUUUAAGGGUGUAUGGUGAGGCUGAGCUUUUCGGGGAAGCCAUCCAUCUUUUCCGCUUGAUGCAAAGGAAGGAUAUUGAGCAGAAUGUUGUCACAUACAACACUAUGAUUAAGAUUUAUGGUAAAUCUCUUGAGCAUGAAAAAGCUACGAAUCUCGUGCAAGAAAUGCAGAAGAGAGGGAUCGAACCGAAUGCCAUUACGUACUCGACAAUAAUAUCUAUAUGGGGUAAGGCGGGGAAAUUGGACAGGGCGGCAAUUCUGUUUCAAAAGUUGAGGAGCUCAGGGGUUGAGAUUGAUCAGGUUCUUUAUCAGACAAUGAUUGUGGCUUAUGAGAAAGCAGGCUUGGUUGCUCAUGCUAAGCGCUUACUUCACGAGCUCAAGCGUCCAGACAACAUUCCUAGGGAGACUGCAAUAACCAUUCUCGCAGGAGCUGGUCGCCUGGAAGAGGCUACGUGGGUUUUCCGUCAGGCUAGCGAUGCUGGGGAGAUAAAAGAUAUAUCUGUCUUUAGCUGCAUGAUAGAGCUUUUCUCAAAGAACAAGAAGUACGCAAAUCUCACUGAGGUUUUUGACAAGAUGAGAGGUGUCGGGUAUUUUCCCGAUUCCAAUGUGAUUGCAUUAGUCCUGAAUGCGUAUGGCAAGUUGCGAGAUUUCGAGAAGGCAGAUGCUGUAUAUAAAGAGAUGCAGGAAGAAGGGUGUGUUUUCUCGGAUGAAGUUCACUUUCAGAUGAUCAGUCUCUAUGGUGCGCGAAAGGAUUUCAAGAUGGUAGAGGAACUGUUUGAGAGAUUGGAGUCUGAUCCUAACAUUAACAAGGAGUUACAUCUUGUUGUUGCCGGCAUCUAUGAAAGAGCAAAUAAACUUAACGACGCAUCGCGAAUCAUGAACAGGAUGAAUGACAGAGGAAUUUUGAAAUCGCGAAUACCUUAAGAAGUUGAUAACUGGUUAUGUCCUAUACAUUUUUUCAAACUAUUGUACACCAACAUCCAUGCCCGCAUUGCAAAUAUGUACAAAACAAUGGUCAUGGAUGCCUUUUCUUUGUUAUAUGUCCAUUUUGCUGAACCA